UCUCAAUCCCUAACUCUAUUCUCAGUCUCUCAUUCCCUCUCUCUAUUCUCUGUCAACUCUAUCUCCUUCACUUCUCUAUUCUCAGUCUCACUUCUCUUUCUCUUUCACAUCUAACCUCUUGGAUCUGUCUUCAAGUUUUACCAUUUCUCAUGUAGGUGGCUGGCGCAAGAGGCUGGACAGCGACGGAAACGGGGCUCAACGGUGCAUGGGCUCGACGGUAUUUCUCUCUCUCCCUGCUUUCGACGGUUAUGCUCUUAUUUUGAGUGGAUUUACUAGCUUUCACCCAUUACCUCUGUUUUUUUGCCUCUCUCUUUCCAUCCAUCACGCAAGUUGUUGGAGCACUCUUUCCAUUUCGUUGAGUCACUGGAGCACGCAGGUUCGAUUCAUGCCAAUACGAGUCACGGUGCUCUGUCUCCCUCACGCGAGUCAUGGUGGUAUCUUCCCUGCUGGAAGCAAGAACCUAGGCAAGAACAUCUCUAUGAGGUUAUUACUCUUGAGGAUGUAAUAAAGGGAAUGAAGGUAUAAAAUUGCUUGAACUCUUAUUUAUUAUGGCAACUUUCCUUAACCAAAUUGCUAUGGUCUAUUAUUGUUGCAGAUCAUGAGGGAGACUUUGAUAUAUUUGUCACAUCUUGAUCACGAGGACACAGAAAAGUUGAUGCUAAAGAAGCUAAGCAAACAAUUAAGUGGCGGGGAUUGGAAUUGGAACAACUUAAACACAUUAUGUUGGGCAGUAAGGUCUAUAUCUGGUUCGAUGAUGGAAGAACAGGAGAACUAAUUUUUGGUUAUGGUCAUUCGUGACUUGCUGAAUUUAUGCGAAAUCACAAAAGGGAAGGAUAACAAAGUUGUCAUCGCAAGUAACAUUAUGUAUGUUGUUGGACUGUACCCAAGGUUUCUAAGAGCUCACUGGAAGUUCCUAAAAACUGUUGUGAACAAAUUGUUUGAGUUCGUGCAUGAGACACAUCCUGGUGUUCAGGAUAUGGCCCAUGACACAUUCUUGAAGAUUGUUCAGCAAUGCAAACGGAAAUUUGUAAUUGUUCAGGUUGGAGAAAAUGAACCAUUUAUAAGUGAACUUUUAACAGGCCUUCCAAACACUGUUGCAGAUCUUGAGCCUCAUCAGAUUCAUUCAUUCUAUGAAUCAGUUGGUCAUAUGAUUCAUGCAGAAUCUGAUCCUCAGAAGGGGGAUGAGUUUCUACAGAGAUUGAUGGAGCUGCCUAAUCAGAAAUGGGCUGAAAUUAUAGGAUAGGCACGCUUAAGCGUUGAUUUCCUGAAGGAUCAAGAUGUGAUAAGGACGGUGUUGAAUAUUGUGUGUAUAGAUUCUUGGCUCCUACUUCACUUCUAUGAUGUAUGUGGAGCAUUGGUGUGAGGAGAAUUUCAGGAGCCUAACACUGGGCAGCCCAGAUUUUUCUGACAUU